AUGUUUAGACAUAACAACGGACCUUAUAUUGAAGAUGUUAUUGGAAUCGAUUGGAAACUUAUCAUGUGGCUUGCUUCACUUAAGCAAUUUGAUAAUUACGUAGAUCUUUUUAUCUUGGUUUGGAAUGUUAUCGGUCUUAAAAACGAUAAUGGUUUUGAAGAAUUUAAUGGAGAAGUGAAUCAAAUGAAAGAUCACAUUAAAGGCUUAUUAGCAAAUCAGGUUAUCAAUGACGAAGAAUUCGAUAAAUAUUCUUGUUUAUUAGAUAAUUAUAGAACUUGUCGAGAUAUUAAUUCUAAUAAUCAUGAAGAAAGGAAUAGACUUUCAUCUGAUGCUUAUCAUAAAUUGCUAAUCGGUUUAAAAGCUUCUCAAAAAAAGCUUUUACGUCAAAUGAUAUUGGAUAGGAUGGAUUCAUUUGUUAACGUUUCGAUUAAAUCAGUGGAAAGUUUACGCGAACAAAUUGCCACUUUGGAUAAUGAAAAUUCCCAUCUUCAAGCAGCUUUAGGAAAUAUGACAAAUACUCGUCCGAAUGAUCAAGAUCCAAAUAACGCUGCCAAAUUAAAUUCGGAUAUAAUGGACCUACAACAGCAACUUUCGGAUUUUACCACAGUUUAUGAAUCUGUGAUUAAUGAUGAAAAAGCAAAAGAAUUGUUUGCUAGUAAGCAAGUUCAAUUAGAAUUUACGAAUCCAAAAGCUAAAACGAUUUUAGAAGGCUGUCUUCAACGACUUAUCAUAGAACAAAUUUUAACUGAUGCUAACUCAUAUUUCCAGAAACAUAUAUCAAAUUCGGAUAACGAUGAAACCUUAGAAAUCGAAAUUUUAAAUACCACCAAUAGAUUAAUAGAAUCUGUAAAUCGCUUUCGUGAAAAACGUCCAGGAAGAGAUAAUAUUACACAAAUCACUCCAAUUAAAGUUCGUCAACAAAUUUACUCUGCUCUUGGAUGUCGUGGAUUUUCGAAUUAUGAUCAUCCAUUAAUUGUAGGUAUAGCGGAAAAGAUACGUCAAACGAUGGAUGAAUAUCGUAAAAUUAAUGAUGAAAAUAUAGAAGAUUCAAUUGACCAAUCGAUUCAAAUCACUCGUAAAGUUAUUAGUAUAAUAUAUUUCCGUUUAAAAAUUCAACAAAUUCAUCAACAAUUUGAACCAACGUAUCGUUUCUUUGAAAGUGGGGACGAAAUAGAUAUUCGUUUUAUGGAAGGUUCUUGGGGUAGAGGAGAUUUUAAGAAAUUAGAGGUUGAAGUUUGUUACUUUCCUUGCAUAGCGAUUCGCGAUAAUGAGGUUACUUCAUCCAAUCCAAAAGUUUUUACAAAAGCUCAAGUAUUCGCGAGACCUAAGAAAUCCUGA